AAAUGGUCAGCCAUGGGCACCCAUAUGUGUAGGCCAUACAUAUCUAUAUUCCCACCACGUACCUUCAUUGCAUGUCCUCUCCUUUCCCCACCUGUUCUCAAAACCCUAUACUCACUCCUCAUUUCUCUUAAUCAUCUUUUUCCAUUUCAAUAAUAUUCAUCUCCUUCUCUCCACCUUCAUCACCCAUGGCCGACGACCGCUCUCCCACCCCCGCCUCUCUCCUCCGCCGCAUCCAGUACCACGCCCCUAACUCCCCUCAACUCCUCGGCUUCCUCACCCUCUUCAUCUCCGCUUCCAUUCUCAUUUUCCUCACCGGCCUCACUCUCACCGCCGCCGUCCUCGCCUUCAUUUUCCUCACCCCCUUCCUCCUUCUCACCUCCCCCAUUUGGCUCCCUGUUGCCUUUUUCCUCUUCCUCGCCACUGCCGGUGUCUUGUCCCUCGCCGGUCUUGCACUCGCCACAGCUGCGGGAUUGUCGUGGGCUUAUAAGUACUUUAAAGGCAUGCACCCACCUGGAUCAGACCGGCUCGAGUAUGCAAGUCGCCGAAUCUAUGACACGGCGAGCCAUGUGAAGGAUUAUGCUAGAGAGUAUGGAGGGUAUUUGCAAAGUAAGGUGAAAGAUGCAGCUCCGGGAGCAUAAUUUCAUUUGAUUAAUUAUGAUAUAUUUUUAGUACUUGCGGCUAUAUAAAUUCAUGUUUUGGUUUUCUUUCUUUUGUUGCUUGAGGCCAGUUGAGAUCAAGCUGAGUUCUUUGAACUGGUUUUAAUUUGUAUUUUGUAUGUUCUUGUGUUUGGGUUUUCAUAUGAUAGUUAAGAGGAAGGAGGAGAUUUUUGGUAUGUUAUAUUAUUGUAUGCAUGAGAAUAAUUCUAAACACUAUUGAGGAUUAUUCUUUUCUUUUUCCUUUUAAAUAAAUUGAGAUUGGAAUCAAAUAGACAUCUUUUUUUC